AGUCACUGAGUCCAAAUCCACUGUUUUCUGAGUCUCUGGCGGUGUCACAGCUCAGAGUAAGAACACUGCACAGAUCUGGGUCGUGACUGAAGAGAUCAACCUUGUUUGAUUUCUUCUCAGUAUUAUUAGGUUUGAAGGAUCAUUGCUAUUAUCAUGUCAAGGAGGCCAGUAAAUCCUUCACGUCGUAUAGGUGAUGGUGGAAGUAUACCGUUCGUGGCCUCUAUCCAGUCUAAAUCUCAGAACUCUCCCCUACUAUCUAUUGGGCUUGUUAUCUUGGGUGCAAUCCUCCUGAUUGGUUAUUGUUACAGCAGUUCAGGUGGAGCUAGCAGUGAUAUCAAGGAUGUGAAUAAACUUGAAGGUGGUGCAUCAUGCACAUUAGAAGUCCUACAAGCAUUGCCCAUUUUGAAGAAAGCUUAUGGAGACAGCCUGCAUAAAGUUUUGCAUGUUGGCCCAGACUCUUGUUCUGUGGUAUAUAGUUUGUUACAAGAAGAGGAUACAGAAGCUUGGGGAAUAGAACCAUACGAAUUAGAAGAUGUCAGUGCAAAGUGUAAAAGUCUAAUACGCAAGGGCAUUGUGCGUGUGGCUGAUGUAAAGUUUCCUCUACCCUAUCGUGCAAAGUCAUUUUCCCUUGUCAUUGUGUCAGAUGCAUUGGAUUACUUAUCUCCAAGAUACCUGAAUAAAACCCUGCCGGAGUUGGUGAGGGUAUCUGCUGAUGGUGCUGUUAUCUUUGCAGGUUAUCCAGGUCAGCAGAGAGCUAGAGGUGGAGAAGUGGCCAAAUUCGGUCGUCCAGCCAAAUUGCGCAGCUCAUCUUGGUGGAUAAGGUUUUUCGUUCAGACUGGAUUAGAAGAAAAUGAAACUGCUGGAAAGAAGUUUGAACAGGCUUCAGCCAAGAGGGCAUACAAGCCAGCAUGCCAAGUUUUUCACCUCAAAUCAUACCCCUGAAAUUUUUACUGUCUUGUUUUAAACUCUUGACUUAAUGGUUGGAAACCAUGCUGAUGAGAUAGGCACCUUGAGCACCCGAAGGGUAAAAGUUCCAUAUAUUCUGUUGAAAUUAUAGUAGUCUUUGAUAAGAUCAUGACCAGAUAUUAGAUUCAAUUAUAUAUUUUAUUGGCAAUGCCAUUGUAAACUAUUUUUGUCUUGAUACUUGAUAGUG